AUGGUUCAGUGUCAGGACGAUGACAUAUUCGUUUUAGACAAGGUCCACGGUCAACAAGUGAGUAUGGAAUCAGCUUGCAGAGAUUCUCAUUGCUGGUACUGGCUCAUACAAACGAACGGUAUCGGCGAGACUCAAUGCUUCGCCACGGCGACGCGUUUCGACGGGAUCGAAGCGGACCAGAAUCACUGCCCCAUCCAGAGACGACUGGAUGUCACCCGAGCAUUGAUCGUGCCGAUGUAUAGCAUUCACCUCCUGGUGGCCUAG